GAAAAAAAAAUGAUGAGAUUUGUAAGAUUCCAGAUGUGAGGGAGAGUGGGGGCAGGUGAUGGGGGAGAUAAAAAGAAAUACGUGCAAGUUUUCCCUUAUAAAAAUUGAGUGGAUCCUGCCAUUCUCUGCCUCCACACCUAUUUAAAGCCUUUCCGAGUUGGAAAUUUCGGAUAUCCGCAAGAGGAAGAGGAGCAAUGGCGAAGGAGAUGGAUGGAUUCAAUUUCGAGCAAAGACAUGGGAAGGCAAGGGUCAGAGUAGGCAGAGUUUGGAGGAGCAAAGAUGGAAGGCGACAUUCCAUGGUGGAAUGGAAUGUCAACAUUAGCUUGCUUUCCAAUUGUACAGGCGCCUACGUCCGUGACGACAACUCUGACAUCGUCGCCACUGACACCAUGAAAAACACUGUUUAUGUCAAAGCAAAGGAAUGUUCUGAGCAGCUUUCUGCAGAGGAGUUUGCGAUUCUACUUGGCAAGCACUUCACAUCAUUUUAUCCACAGGUUUUUACUGCAAUAGUAAAGGUAGUGGAAAAGCCAUGGGAACGAGUAUCUGUUAAUGGUCAAGCACACGAACAUGGCUUUAAACUUGGAUCCGAGAAGCAUACAGCAGAGGCAAUUGUACAGAAAUCCGGCAUUUUACAGCUAACUUCUGGUAUUGAAGGCCUGUCUUUACUGAAGACAACCAAGUCAGGAUUUGAAGGGUUCAUUAGGGACAAAUACACAGCUCUGCCUGAAACGCGUGAAAGGAUGCUGGCAACGGAGGUUACCGCAUCUUGGAGGUAUUCAUAUGAAUCUGUCUCUAGCAUCCCUCAAAAGCCACUUUACUUCAAUGAAUGUUACCUGAAUGUGAAAAAAGUUUUGGCUGAUACUUUCUUUGGUCCUCCUGACGGGGGGGUAUAUAGUGCAUCUGUUCAAAGCACUCUUUUUCAUAUGGCAAAGGCUGUACUUAGCAGGUUCAUGGACAUAUCAUCGGUUCAAUUAAAAAUGCCAAAUAUCCAUUUCUUACCCGUUAAUAUAUCAAGCAAGGAUAUCGGUGUCAUUGUAAAGUUCAAUGAUGAUGUUUAUUUACCGACGGAUGAACCACAUGGAUCGAUUGAAGCUACCUUGAGCCGUUUCUGGUCAAAGAUGUAGCUGCUGAAUGUACUAUGGUCGAAGUAUGGUGCAGGUUCUGCUUCCUUCUGGUUUCAUUUUCCUGUAAUCUGCAGGAUAGUAUAUUUUGUUUAUGUAAAAUAAAGAACCUGUUCACAAAAUGUUCAUGUUAAAUGAUCAUAUAAAAAAAAAAAACAAAUUGUCAGAGGAUAAAUAAUAAAUUUCAAUUUAUUUGGCUUAUUGAUUAGUGCA